GCACUGGAGAGUGGAGAGUGCGGAAGGCCCACCGCCACACCAUAGAUACGCUCACCCAGAAACAGUCCAGAGAUGGCACGACCGGAAGACACGGAAUCAGAAGAAGACCCGGAUGGCGACUGGGAACCCGGGACAACAGGAAGAACGGGAAGAGCGAAAGGAGCUCAGGCAGAUCGGACCAAGGAAGCCGGCGCACAGAAGAAGCACAAGAAGAAAGCGACUGCCUAUGCGAGUAAAGAUGGAGAGGGAUACUCCUGGGAAGAGGAAUAUAAACGCAGUUGGGACGUUCUGAGGGAAGACGAAUCUGGAAGUUUGGAAAGUGCGGUCAACCAACUGAUUGCAAACAAACGCCGAAGAGUCAUACGUGAUACCACUUCGAUCCAGCGAGGGAUCAUAAGACAUCUCUGCUUGAUAAUCGAUGUUUCGCUCGCCAUGACCGAUCGCGACCUUCGUCCCAAUCGACUGGAUAUGUCGCUUACUUAUGCUAAGGAAUUCGUCACGGAGUUCUUCGAUCAGAAUCCGAUCAGUCAAUUAUGUAUUCUUAUCACGAAAGAUGCGAUUGCCGAGAGGUUGAGUGGCUUGUCAGGAAAUCCGUUGGACCAUCAUAAGGCACUUAGCAAUAAAGCUAAAUUGACUCCUUCUGGGGAACCAUCAUUACAAAAUUCAUUGGAGAUGGCGCGAGCUAGUUUGUCACAUCUACCAUCACAUGGCUCAAGGGAAGUUCUUGUGAUCUUUGGCUCACUCACUACAUGCGAUCCAGAUGAUAUCAAUAAGACUCUUGAAAACUUAGAGAAAGAUCGGAUGAGAGUUUCAAUGGUUGGCUUGGCUGCAGAGGUAAGAAUUUGUAAAGAGAUAUGUAAACGGACACAAGGUCAAUACGGGGUAAUAUUGAAUGAACAUCAUUUCAAAGAGCUCUUGUUUGAGGCAAUUUCACCACCACCGAUCGCCAAAUCGACGACGAACGGGCCGAAAACUCAAAGUUCGAGUCUGAUCCAGAUGGGCUUCCCAAAUAAGAUAACUCAUGAUGCCCACCAAGUCGAUGCGUCGACCCAUUCGUUCUGUGCCUGUCAUUCGAAACUGCAGUCGACCGGCUUCAUUUGCCCUCGUUGUGGGUCCAAGAACUGCGAGAUACCUACCAAUUGCUCGGUCUGUGGUUUGACUAUUGUCAGCUCCCCUCAUCUGGCUAGGAGUUAUCGUCAUUUAUUUCCCGUCAGUAAUUGGAUCGAAAAGAAUGCCAAUUCCCUCUCGCAUCAAACUUUUAAAUGUUUUGGUUGCGACAAAGAAUUACAAGUGAACAAAGCAUCCCAAACAAACGAUGAGAGUAAUGGUAAUUCGAACAAUGCCACUAAUGCUAAUAACCCUUCGAUCAAUUUAUAUCAUUGUCCCCGUUGUAAAAAUAUGUUUUGUUACGAGUGUGACAUUUAUCAUGAACAGCUUGGCUUAUGUCCUGGUUGUUGUUGACGUCGAAUUUCUUAAAUCACUCACGUAACACUCUGUAGAUGGGGCUAUAGUAAAAACACAGAAAGUUGAUGGUUUGUGGGGCUUUCCAAAUUCCAUGCCACCUAGAAAUUCACAGACGUCAAGAGAAGGCUUCGAAUUAAAAAUUUCAGCAAUCAGAUACACUUUCCAUCAGUAUUCUUUUCUUGGUCUCGAAUUCUUUGCAAGAGAUGCAAACCAUAGUAGAAUUUUUGCAGAAAUUUUGGUGCUGUGACCAAAUCCAAUGCUUUCAUUGGCCUGUUCCAGUGUUUCUUUCACAAAAUCACCCCAUGUCUAACCUGCAACAUCAUUACUGAGUCGCCAAUCCUGACUUCUGGGAAUUCAAUUUUGGUAAAAU